AAUCUGAUCGAUCCUGACUUGCUAUUAAUACCUGCUUUUUACUUCUGCUUUUCUACCUCUUAUCAUCGACUAAGAAUCUGAAAACACUGCAAGAUGUCCAACUGUAUUUUCUGUAAAAUCAUCAAGGGUGAUAUCCCUAGUUUCAAACUCUUCGAGAGCGACAAGACUCUUGCCUUCCUUGACAUUGGACCCCUUAGCAAAGGCCACGCCCUUGUCAUCCCCAAGUAUCACGGAGCAAAGCUUGCCGAUAUCCCCGAUGAAGACCUCGCUGAGGUUCUGCCUGUUCUCAAGAAGAUUGUCAACGCGACUGGUGCCACCGACUACAAUAUCCUUCAGAACAAUGGUCGCAUUGCCCACCAAGAAGUUGAUCACGUUCACUUCCACAUGAUCCCCAAGCCCAACAACGAGGAGGGCCUGGGUGUUACCUGGCCUACUAAACCUGCCAAUAUGGAACAGCUCAAGGCCUACUGCGAAGAGAUCAAGUCAAAGAUUUAGAGGGAUGUAUCAAAACUGUGGUAUCCAGUAUCCAGUGCAAGUGUUGGUUCUUAAGAAGCCCGUCUGGUAUUAUUGUCAACGUGCCAGGUACCGCCCUGCGCCCACGAAAUCAAUAUGAUUGUCUACAGCCC